AUAAGAUCGUUCUGAAAGUGUGUGCACUCGUCUGUGAGUGAGGGUCGGGCGUCUGAGUGCAUGCAAGCAGAGAUGCAGACGUGUGUGCAGGCGAGCAGCAGGAGGAGUGGACUAUAAUGCGGGGCUCCAAAGGGAAAUGGGUGGUGCCCCCCACCCCACCUCCACAGGCCCCCAGAGCCCUCUUUGGGAGGGACUACUCGUGGCGCGUAGUGUCUUUCCCCUUGGAGUCACCAUGGACAUGUUUUUCCGCCGUCAUUUCCGCCGAAAGGUCCAGGAGCAGGGUGGUCGCCGGCGUUCGAGUGUGGCUGUGCCAGCCAGUAAAGCCCGGCGACGCUCCAGUGCCGGACUGCCCUCUGCUGGCCUGGCACAGAGGCGCAGGUCCAGCAUCCAGCUGCAAGGGGCCCUUCAGGCAGCCAGUGGUCAGAGCGGAGGGCUUCUAGUCAGGGACCGCCGUUUUGUCCGGCGCCGCUCAAGCGGAACUACAGCUUGCUUGACCCCCAGGUUUUCCCUGCGCAGGCGCCGGGCAGCAAAACACCGUAGCAUCCACGCCCAGCUCUUGGGGCCAUCACUGCUUUUGGCCAGCUUAGUGCAGAUGAGUGAAGCGAAAGAGAGAGAUGAGGGUAGUGAGGGAGGACAGUCCACCUCCUCUGAAGAAGACGACUCACAGAGCGAUGACUGCUGGGAAGAGCCUGACAAACCUGGAGCGCAUCCCAAGGCAGAGUCAGAUGAAUCUCCGUCCUGGUUGACUCAGGGUCUGGUAGAUGGUGACAGCCUUCAGCCCCGCCCAAUCAUCCGUGCGCCACGCUGUCUGCGGCGGAACUCCUCCCACUUGCUUCCUGCUGAUGCUGUGUACCACAGCCCUGCCUACUACGGUCUGUACGGUCGCUACCGGAGAAACAGUCAGGUGUGGAGAACAACUAAUGUGGGGAUUGGCGGGGUUUGGAUGGGGAGGCAGAGCUCUGCGGCAACUCGGAGAGGGUCAGUGACUAAUCACAGAAAAUACUCUUUGUGGCCCGACCCUGGACUAGCAGGCAUGCUACAGGGGACGUAUUAUGACCCCCAGACUGACACAUGGAGUGGGUUUCUCUCGAAGGCUAUAGCUAAAUCUGGCCUACAGCAUCUGUCGUCUCAGCCCAGCAGUUCAGUGCUGGCCAAAUGUGACUCGGACAGAGAGAUCCGCAGCACUGUGGACUGGAGCGAGUCGGCAGUUUACGGAGACCACAUCUGGUUUGAGACCAAUGUCUCCGGAGACUUCUGUUACGUUGGAGAACAGCACUGCUAUGCAAAGACACUGCAAAAAUCUGUUGCCCGAAAGAAAUGUGCUGCUUGCAAGAUUGUAGUUCACACCAUUUGUAUAGAACAGCUAGAAAAGAUAAAUUUCCGGUGUAAACCUUCAUUCAGGGAAUCAGGCUCUCGGAACAUACGGGAGCCUACCAUUGUGCGGCAUCACUGGGUCCAUAGACGACGACAAGAGGGGAAGUGCAAACAAUGUGGGAAGGGAUUUCAGCAGAAGUUUGCAUUUCACAGUAAAGAAAUUGUGGCCAUUAGCUGCUCUUGGUGCAAACAAGCAUAUCACAAUAAGGUGACAUGCUUCAUGCUACAGCAGAUAGAAGAGGCCUGUUCAUUAGGAGCACAUGCAUCAGUUAUAGUACCUCCUACAUGGAUUAUACGUGUUCGUAGACCUCAGUCCUCUCUAAAAUCGAGCAAAAAGAAGAAACGGACCUCAUUCAAACGCAAAUCCAGCAAGAAGGGAGCAGAGGAAGCGCGAUGGAAGCCAUUCAUUGUGAGACCAAUUCCAUCCCAGCUGAUGAAGCCACUGCUAGUGUUUGUAAAUCCAAAGAGCGGAGGAAACCAGGGGGCCAAAAUAAUCCAGUCCUUUAUGUGGUAUUUGAAUCCCCGGCAAGUCUUUGACCUGAGCCAGGGUGGACCUAAAGAAGGGUUGGAGAUGUACCGGAAGGUUCACAACUUGCGGAUUCUGGCCUGUGGUGGUGAUGGCACAGUGGGCUGGAUCUUGUCCACUCUUGAUCAGCUGCAGCUGAACCCACAGCCUGCUGUAGCUGUACUUCCUCUGGGGACAGGAAAUGAUCUCGCCAGGACCUUGAACUGGGGCGGGGGCUACACAGAUGAGCCUGUGUGUAAGAUUCUGUCUCAUGUGGAGGAUGGAAAUAUUGUGCAGCUUGACCGUUGGAACUUGCACGUGGAGCCAAACCUGGAGGCAGGGCCAGAAGAGAAAGACGAACAGGUCACGGACAAGCUUCCUCUGGAUGUUUUUAACAACUACUUUAGCUUGGGCUUUGAUGCUCACGUAACUCUGGAGUUUCACGAGUCUCGAGAGGCAAACCCAGAGAAAUUCAACAGUCGCUUCAGGAACAAGAUGUUCUAUGCGGGGACUGCGUUCUCAGAUUUCCUAAUGGGCAGCUCCAAAGACUUGGCCAAGCACAUCAAAGUUGUGUGUGAUGGAGCAGAUUUGACCUCUAAGGUCCAAGAGCUGAAGCUGCAGUGUCUGGUCUUCCUCAAUAUUCCCAGGUACUGUGCUGGCACAAUGCCAUGGGGAAACCCGAGUGAGCAUCAUGACUUCGAGCCUCAGCGCCAUGAUGAUGGCUGUAUCGAGGUCAUCGGCUUUACCAUGACAUCACUGGCGACGCUACAGGUUGGAGGUCAUGGGGAGAGGUUGAAUCAGUGCCGUGAGGUCACACUUACUACCUAUAAGUCAAUCCCCAUGCAAGUGGAUGGAGAGCCAUGCAAACUGGCUCCUUCCACCAUCCAUAUCUCACUGCGGAACCAGGCCAACAUGGUACAGAAGACAAAGAGGCGGACCUCUAUACCAUUAAUCAAUGAUCAGCAGCCUUUCCCGGAGAGGUUACGGAUUCGAGUGAACCGCAUCAGCAUGCACGACUAUGAGGCUCUACACUAUCACAAAGAGAAACUCAAAGAAGCCUCGAUCCCGUUGGGGCUUAUCGUCGUCCCCGGAGACAGUGACCUGGAAACCUGCCGAGUACACAUCGAGAGACUGCAAGAGGACUUUGUGUCGUGUCACCCGUCUCUGCAGCAGCUGAUGCUUCAGGCAGGUGAUGAGACCAAGUCAAAAAUGCUGUCGUCUCAGAGAUUGUCACCAAAGUGGUGCUUCUUGGACUCAACAACAGCAGAUCGAUUUUACAGGAUUGAUCGUGCCCAGGAGCAUCUACACUAUGUGACAGAGAUCUCUCAGGACGAGCUGUUUAUUCUGGACCCUGAGCUGGUAGUCACGGAAACCGUGAGCACAUCACCAGGCAUGCCUGACCUGGUAGACUCAUCAGGAGAGAAUUCUUCAGCCCAGCGCAAAUUUGCCUUCCCAUCCUCCUCCUCUUCUCCACCCUCCUCUCCCGCACCCAGGAUUACAGAGUUGCAGGCCGGUCAGAGGAAGCGUGUGUCCAGCGACAGUUCAAUCACUGAAGCACUGACCCACAGCGACUCACUCAGAAGUACCAAACCAGCACUUAGCAGGGCUGGAGGUGUUCAUCGCUCAAAUACAACUGCAGCUGAUUUCAAACCAGCUCAAAUCAGGCCUGAAAAGAAUGCUCUGAGCCUUGGCAGCCCAGUAUCAGCAGACAUGCUAAUCGAGUGUGUGAAGAGCAGGGACAAUCAGAAGCUGAUGGAGCUACAUAAGCAGGGAGCGGACCUGUGCAUGCAGGAUUCAGCAGGUCGCACUCUGCUUCACCAUGCAGUGGAUGUAGCCAGCAAAGAAAUUGUCAAAUACAUCAUUGAUAACGCACCCACCGAUAUAUUGGAUGUGACAGAAAGAGAAAAUGGUGAGACGGUGUUGCACAAGGCAGCCUCGAUGUGUCAGAGGACGAUCUGUCACUACUUGGUGGAGGCGGGUGCGUCUCUUAUGAAGACAGACUUACAGGGUGACACUCCAAAGCACCGUGCAGAGAAGGCGAAGGAUACAGAGCUGGCGGCGUAUCUGGAGAAUCGUCAGCAUUACCAGAUGAUCCAGCGUGAGGACCAGGAGACUGCAGUGUGAUCACUGACAUUUAACCUCUCACCACUUUCACCUCACUGAGUCCGGAACCCUCUGCUUAUGCCAAACUAACAACCAAAACAAUGAUGACCACAUUAUGGAGGGCUCUGCCGCUCAAAGUGGGCUUUUAAACUGUCCACCUCUAGACCUGGGAAUGGACGCGCAUACACACACUCAAACAUUAUGAAAAGAUUUGUGGGCUUUAGGAUACUGGACUUGACCUGCUUGACCAAAUGUAUGUCCAUUGCACUGCCAACAUCAUUUAGUGUGGAUGUGUGUGUCAGAAUGUAUGAAGUGGGUGAGGGUCCUGUUUGUUAAUGCUUUCACUAAUGUGUGCUGGCUUUUACACAGCAGCACGUCAGAUUAAGACUGAAUGAACCUGGGUGAAUGACAUUAGCAUGAGAAAUCUCUACAGCACUGAUCACACAGCUAUGAAUUUCAUUUUUAGCUAUUUUAUGUCUAGUGUUAACCAGUAAGAUUCUUUAUUAUGGUUAGUGGUAGAAGACACCACUUUGUCUCCACAGUACCUUAAGGACUUUUUUGCAGAUUUGCGGACUGAUUUGUUUACCUGAAUUAGCGUGAUUAGAGUGUUAAAAGUUAACGCUUAGAUUAGGUCUUCUUUGGGCUUUCCCUGCACUGAAACCAUUUAAGGUGAUUCAAGUAAUAUUGGACUGUGGUAGCUAUUUUUUAGGAGGGCUUCGCUUCUGUCAUUGUGUUUCAUAUUUUUCUUUUGUUCUGCAAAGUUUUGCGUCUAAUAAGAACUGUUGGUACUGUAAACGUAUCUUAGUAGAUUUCUGUCUGAGAAACAUUUGCACUGUAGCUAUCAUUGCCUUCUCUAUUCCACUUUUUCUUGAUUUAUAAUUGGUGUACUAAAGUUAUUGCUUAUUUCUUAUUACUUUUUUAAAAUAUAUAGAUGUUUAUAGAAUUUUUAGCUCUAACAUCAAGGUUGUGUAUUUGUCUUAUUGUACAAAAUACUGUAAAUUUAAUUUUUUUUUUCUUUCCAGAAUACAGAUUGCUUUUGUUUGGUUUUGUUGUGCAUAAUUGUCUGCUCUGGAGUUGUUGUAGAAGAUUUCGCUGUAUGUAAAAGAAACAAAGCCACUCUGAAGAGUGUUUGUCAUUCUGACUGAUGGAUUAUCUUAAUGCAAUGAUAAUUCUGAGGAUACUAUUUAUUUUCCAUAAUAGUUAUCUGUUUAAAUUGGCUUUGAAACUAGACGUAAUUAAUUAUUAUUAAAAUAUUUAAUUUGCAACGAAUGGAGUUUGUUAACUUGUCAGAGGGCAACUUGUUUGUGGCUUAGCCAUUGGUUUUACUACUUCAAAUGAGGAUGCAUCCUUUUAUGACUGAAAAUCUGUUUUAAUCCUAUUUUUUUCUUUAAUUAUAGAUAUUUACUCGUAUAUAUUCAUGCAUUUGCCUUUCUGAACUAGAUACGCUGUUUAUAAUGUAUUCUCAUAUGGAACUCAUAUUUUCCUCAUCCAUAAACAAAUAUAUUUUGUCUUCGCUUACCUUUAGACCUUUUGAAUGUUUACAUAUACCUCCAUGAUGAGUUUUCACUUUUACAGCGGAAACACUGAAGAUUUUCAUUAUUUCAGUGCCAUAAAAACCGAAGGCUUCUAUAGCUGAGAUUUAAACUUUAAAUUCAACUCUCUGGCUGAACAGUCUAGUUAAAUGCACUUAAAAGAAUUCGGGAUCAGUUUGAGCUUCGACAAAGCAGAAGCCCUGUACUAUGCAUUAAAUCUUAACUUUGUCAGCAUUGUUUUAAGAUUUAUCUUAUACUUAUCUGGCCUACUUAUAAAGCAGAGGCAAAAGUAAUUACUUUAGCAUACAGUUAAGUUAAAUAUUACAUUCUUCACUCAUAUUUGUAAGCUAGAUUGACUAAUUGUAAUGUAACACAAUUUCUUUGCAUUUUCUUGGCAAUCUUUGACUAUCCUUGUAGACAAUCUGCAUGCAGGGUAUGAAGCUUGAAGCAUUUUAUGCCAAAAAACAAAGGAUUAUUUUAAGCCUUGUAAAUUAGGGUUUUUAUAAGUGAUCUAUUUUGAAAAUUUGGAGUAAAUAUUCCAAAGACCAGUUUUCUCCCAGUCAAAGAAAUUAAAAGAUUUGUUCUUAUAUUUUCAGUAUGAAUACAAUGCAACUACUAUACAGUUGUAUGCCCGUAAAAAAAAAAGCUUUUAAUCUCAUUAUAAAUCUAUAUGAUAAACCUCAAAUCACAGCAAGCUUCCUGCAGGAAAUUUACAGCAUGUAACAGCCUCUUUUGGCUAUUGUUUUUUUAAUGCAGAAGAUUUAGCAACCAUGACAUGCAGCUUUAUACUUCCUCAAGUAGAGAGUAGGGUUUUGUGGUAUUGCCUUGAUGGCUAGUAGGGGAUUUAUCACUUUUCAGUGAACUGAGCUCAAUUCCCGCUACAUUAUGUAAACUGAUUAUAUUUGAGAUUCUCUUAUUAAAUAUUGCUAUGGUAUAACAUUAUUUUAACCAUCUACAGGUUGCUACAGGUGGCUGUAAUGAUAGUGCCUGAUUCUGUCUGUGUAAUGAGUAAGUAGGUAAAUGCGGAUCAGUGGAUGAGUGCCUUCUUAAAAAUCCACAAGGGUGCAGAUGUCUUGUAUUUUUCUUAAAUACCUACAACAAUAUCUCAUCUCUGUAGAGUUACUAGCUUUUUCCAUGCCUGGUAAAACAGGUCUGUAAUGAUUCAUGAAAAAGGUAGUUUUUUUUUGUUUUUCCAACAAUUGCAAAGCCACCUGACUGUUCAGCUCUUUCAUCCUCCAUCUCCAUCACAUGCAUACUGUCCUGUAUAUCUUUCCUAUAAAAUAAGGUUUUACUCUUCUGUGACUCUGUUGAAAUACUGAAAAUUUUGAUAAAUAUGAAUGUCCAUUUGUCGUAUUUUCUAGGACAGUCUAUAAAUAGGAGAGCUCAUAACCAUUUAGCUGCAUGAAAGUAAUAGGGAGAGAUUAGGGAAGCAUUAACAGGCCAUUGGUAUACAGUACUGUGCAAAAAACAUUUUUCAUUUAUUUAAUGUCCAGUCAAAUUGGUCAUUAAAUACUACAUAAGUCAUGUUCCAGUAUCAGGAAAUAGAAAAAUCUAAUGUUUUUUGGAUGUAGUUAGUAAAUCCACCCUUUAUUUUUCUUACAGCUUCAAAUCUUUUUGGGUGAGUUCUUUCAGGUUUUCAAAGAAAUCUGCAGGGAUAUUUUUCCUCUUCUCCAAAGUUCUCCUGAAGCAAGAGUGGAGUUUGAUUUUUGAAAAUGUGAAAUCUGAUGCUGACAGUUUUGCAUUGUUGUUAGUGCGAUUUUUUUACCAUUAUUUUAAACUCUUAAACUCUGUUUUUAAAAACUGUUUUUUUCCUCAAUAAUUUUCUUUUUACUUUCCCCGCCCUUAUGCAAGUAGAUUAUUUCAUAACUCCUCAGGAAAUUUUACUGACAAAAAUAAAUAUUUUGUACUUAAAAACUGUUUCAAUUAGAAAUUGGUCUUUGACUUUUGCACGGUACUGUAUGUUAAAGGAACACUGACUGUUUUUCAUUUCUGUUUUCUGCAUAUGUAUUGUACAUUCAAUUACCAUAGACAGUAAUUAGAUUUCCCUGUACUUAGAAAAGAAAAAGAAUACCUGUUCCCUCGAAAUUGGGCAGUAGCUGAAUUCCAUGAAUAUUUUAAAUAUUUGAAAUUUGAAAAUGAACCACUGGUCAGCACAUUGUCUGUUCUUAUGUAAGUACAGGUAAACAAAUCAAAAUUAUUGUCUGGUAAUCUGCACAUGACAGAUGUGGCAAACAGAAAUCACAUUGAAAACCACUGAACUAUUGCAUUAACUGUCUGCUAUACUGAUAUACUACAUAAUAAUCUUUUGUGUGUAUGGUGUCUGUGCUUCUUUUUGAGUUGCCAUGCAAUUCAAGGUUUGGAAUCUCUCAAACAUUCCCUUGACAAGCGCAUGUGAGUUAUGGUGCAAUAGGUCGAUUGGCUAUUUAGAACUAUUACUAAUUUCUUUUGUACUGUAAUAUGAGAAAACGGUGGAUGCUCAAGAGGUGAACAGGUACAUGUGCAAUGUAGACAAUAGUUCUAUCUGUUUGUUUCAAUGGACUGAUUCUGUUAUUGUCUGCUUGCAAGCAUAAUAAAGAAUAGUAUUUCAACUUAA